GUACCUACCAUAAUUUCCUUUUACAGCAACCCUUACCGCCCCUGCCCAUUUCCCUCCAUCUCCCUCCAUUUCCCUCCACAUCCUUGUCAGGGCACGUGUUCGCCAACUGGUAGUUGCUCUAACUGCUGGAGAUUCUGGGGCGAUUCGUUAACGAUGCAGCUGCGAUGGCAAUUGCCAGAUGCGCACCAGAUUUCGAGUGCACGGCCAUCUUCUGAGAGGCCACCAUUAUCUCCGCGUGUGCCUGUCAACUCUAAUAAGCCGCUCCCAUCUCCGCCUCCCCCGGGUGCUAUAGAUAAAGUCGAUGGCAGGCCUCGCAAGCCCGUGUUGAAACUAAAUCGCAUCAUGGCAGCAUUGACCGAUACCGAGAUCGAGAAGCUAUUCUCCGGAGCUCCGCAAUUCUUCGCUCGGUCUCAAGGUCACGGCACCGGUGCCCCGCACCCAUCUGUGGCCUUCCCCUGGAAUGAUGAGUUGGGCAUUAGAGACUUAACAGACCAUGUCCAGAUCGGAGACAAUGCCUGGGGUUGUAUCACUGCUGGACCCCGGAUCAUUCUCCGAGACCCCCUAUCCGUAGAGUCGCCGUCCAGCAAGAAGCGGCCUCAUUUCAAUGCAAGAUGCCAGGAACGGCCAAACAUGCUUAGCAUGCAGGGUUUAGAGAAAGGAACUAUCGGUUAUCAAGCUGCCUUGGAAAUUUCUGUUGCCGACUCCCUGCAAGAGGAGCAGUAUGGUUUCGACAGCUUAGGAUCCAAGGGCCAUGUUAUUGUAGAGCAGCGCCAGAGGCUGAUAACCUCUAAGGAUGGCUUGCGGCAUCUCGAUGAUUCGGACAUCAUGGAACAGCUAAUCAAAUUGGAGGAGAGAUAUCAGGCAGAGCGAAGGGGUAUUCGGAUAAAAUCUCAGGAGCUUUACAAUGAGUUAUUCGCUAAAGUUCUCUAUCCACCAACCAGGGUUAUUGAUCCAAAAGACCCUUAUAGCUUGGCUUUGCAAAUCAAUGCCUUAGUAAAGGUACUGGCGGCGCCGAAUGCCUGGACCGACUUUUCCCGUGUCGAAUGGAGGAUCCGUCUUGGCCAAAUUUUGUGGGCCUUCCCCUUGGAUGAUGAGAUCUUAGAUGGGGCAUCUAUCAAUGAGGGAAACGACGCGCAAGAUCGAGGUGAGGAGCGAUAUUGGUUGCUGCUUCAAAUCCUUCUUGCCUGCGAACUCCUUAUUCGACUAGAUGCCAUCACGGAGGGCGAUGAAUGCGGUAUAGGCCAGAAUCUCAAGACGUCUGAGGUACACAGAUUUGAAAAGGAGGCAAAUGUCUCUGUUAGAUGGUCCUUGAUUCUGGCCCGAUCGUGGCUGGAAAAUAUCAGGAUUAAAAAGCAACAAGUAAAUCACUCCGAACCAUCCACGCCUAAAGGAUGGCUCUCUUCGUUGACGAGCAGGAUGAAUCUCAAGCAUGAGCACAUGUACGGGGCGCAUCACGUUGACCACAGCCAGCAUCGGCACAACUCUCAGUCUGAGUAUGUGUACGCAAUAGAGGGAAAAUAUAACGAGAGGCAGGUUUACGGGUUGAUACACUUCGCGCGAAAGCUACGCUGGCCAGGCAUACAACUUUCUGGAGCAACAUUAUCCGAGAAGGCUAUGGCGUUAAGUAAAGUAACCCCCGUUACUACGCUUCCCCUUGAUUAUGAUUCCCGCCGCUCUUCAUACUUUUCCGAUAGUGCAUCAUUAGUGCACGACAGAAAGCAGCCCGCCAGGCGGAGAAAGGUUGAAGCUGCGUUGCACACGUCCGGAUGGUUUUCGAAGUCAUAUGUAUCCGGUUUAAUCCUUCCGGGUGAAGUGUUAUCGCACUAUCUUAUGUCGGCUUUACUGGAGGUUGAUGAAAAUGUAUUGGCAAAGCUCGGUCCACUGGCAAAUCUCUCUGGUGGAUUUGUCUACAGCGGGAAGAGUUUCUGGAGCACAGCUUGCAUCGUGGGCCGUGUAUUGGCUGCUGGACAGGGUGCGGCAGAGUGUAUGGGUUGGAUAUCGAGCGACGUGACUCCUCGAGGACUCGACGAGGGCUGGGUAAACAUUGCAGUUAAUGCAAUCCCAGCCGAUCUCGUCCGAACAGGAAGGAAAGCUAGAAUAUGGGGUAAAACAACUAUUGAACGCGAGUCUGAUGUUCUCGGUGAUGCUGAUCCUUCGAGUGUACUGCCCGCCGAUUUUAUAAUCCCGUACGAAAAUGCAUACCCCAAUCCGCCUCCCUCGAAUAUCAGAAUAGAGCUUAAAUCGUUAAAUUUAAACGCCCCGACAGACAACGGAAGCACAGCACCUACCGCAGAUGAGAAUUUCCGCCCGUUGUCGGAUUCCAACAAGGAAGAGGACGCAGAAAUUCAGACUUACCCUGCUUCUGUAGCGUUUACAAUAUCUCACGACGCGCUUGAAAGAGACGAACAUCACAACUUUACGCUUUCCAAUGACGUCUACUUUGUUACCGCUCAUCCUUGCGUCGCCUCCAGUUAUGUCAAGUAUUUUAAAUCCCCCACUAGCCCUACUAUCCAGCAAAUCGACGUCGGAGGUCAUAAUUUCAAUGGCAAGUCCUCUAGCCCGGCACACAUCACAGGCCAUCCGCUCCAUCGAUUUUAUCAUUAUACGGCGAUUCAUGUCACAGAUCUCAUUAACCAUCCUUCCACGAAUCUAGAGGAACUAUUAUGCAAAAUAUCAGUUAAAGGGCAUUCAAGAAGUCACUCCUCAACCUCUAUAUCCAACAGACUUCCCCGAUUCUUGGUAAUUGACUGUGUAACGGGUUUUGCGCCACCGCAAUCACCAGAUAUGCCCUCACUCUCUCGCAUGUCUUCGCUCUCAUCGUCAUUUGGUACAGAAGCCACUAAUAUGCCACCACUACGGACAUCUAAUUCACUAGAGCUGGAGCGGCGGCCAAGCACAGCAGCAUCAUCCCGGAGCAAGAUCGAGCGGAUCGACCCGCCAAGUCCCAGUCCCGAAGCCAAGAUGCGACUCGGAACGCGUAGGAGGCAAUUCGGGUCCGACCUCGAGAUCCUCGUCCGCGCCCUGUGCGCCGAGAGGGGCUGGAACGCAGUUAUUAGCCGCCGUAGGCGGGGUUGUUUAUCUUGCGCCAUAAGAGAAGCAGGGGCUCUAGGGUGGAAAGUCAUUAUUCGAGUCGAGUAAAUAAAGCAUCGGAAUGAAAAACUUUAGUAAAAAGAGUGCAGAAAACAGAGGUAUCCAGUCCCUUACAAAAUUUUGGUUUCCGAGGUAUGGGGUUUUGGUAGCGUGGUUUAAAAUUACAGCAUUGCACAAAAAAUUCGGGUUAUGAAGCGGAUAUGUAUGAGAAACGGCACGUAUGGGCGUAGGAGGGCUGUUAUGGCUUUUUUUGUAUUAGGUUAGGUACAUUUACGAGAUACCCAGCUCUUUACGCUAUCAAUAAACGAGGAGUUUCAUUCUUGGAGUUUUCAUAUUUGAC